AUGGGAACCCUUUGUUCAGCCUGCGCAGCCAGAGCUGGCAGCUAGCCCCUGGCGACAUCCCAACCAGAGUGCCUCCGCUAACUGCAUUCACGAGAAACAGGGUCCUGAGCAAGUUCUCCAAGGGCCCAACAAAGCUCGAGCAGCCCUUGCCAGCGGUAAGACAGCCACCAAAGCAAGCUCAGCCAGCCAGGCAUGCCCCUGACUGAGGAAGACUGGCAGUAUGUGAUGUAUGCAGGGAGAAGGAAGCACUUCACCUGGGAGAGUGUCAGAUGUGUAACAAGCACCAGGGAGCAGCCAUUUGUGACCGAGGCUGGUAAGAGCGCAGCAGAAGCUGUGUGCCAGCUACGGAUGGCAAGCUUGGCUUCCUUGGUAGGGGCCAUGACAGCAGCUCCAGUGGAACCCGAGGGCCUUGUCCGGAAGGCACUGCUGCUGCUUGUGGGAAUUCCAUCAGAUCUCUUUCCUUAUGAUCCUGUGCUGCACAGGUUCAGCAUUCGAGAUGGGAUGCGGCUUAAAGGCACAUCAUCUGAAGCCCUUGCUGCAUCACUCCAGUGCUUCCUGGAAUGUGGCAGGGACAUCCGCUUUCUGGAAGACCUUGUCUCCAACAAUCCAUCCGGAAACAUCAAGCCUUCCCUGACAUGGCAGGCAUUUGUUGGAGCACUGAGGCGCUUCCUGCACUGCUUUCAUGGCUGCCUGGUGCCCAUGGCAGGUCAUGCCGACAUGCUUACCAUCCUUCAGCUGAGCCAUAUUGUGAACCGUCUUUGCGACCACGUGAGGUGCAUCACAGACAUUUGCCACGGUGCAGUUCAAAAACAAGGGGCUCCCUCGCAACGAACGCAAAGCAUGCUGCUACUGCGCACACUGUGUCAACAUGCCAAGAGCUGCUGGGGCCAGGAGGAAUCAUCCAUCGUGGCAUUCCUUCUUCAGCAGAGCUGCCAGCCUUACCUCCGGUUUUUGGAGGAGUGGCUAUACGAUGGACAUUGCAAUGACCCCUAUGGAGAAUUCCCCAUUCUGAUACACAAGCAGGAAGUGGAGAUGCGAGAUGAAAGCUUCUGGGAGAAAGGAUUCCAGUAUGCAGCCUCGGAGGCUCCAUUCCUUGCCACUUUCAUGCCGAAUGUCUUCACCAGCGCCAAGAGUGCCAUGCUGCUCAAAGUCUGCAAGCCUCAGAGUCGCCUCCUGUGGAGCAAGCAGCUGCGACCGGAGUUGAGGCUGGCGUUCAGCAGCCUGCAACUGGAGAAGACCAGGGAGUCAUCAGAGUGCUACAGCCGUGCCAUGGAGUCUGAGCUCAAGCUGACACCACUCCCAGAGAUUUGCCUUGGACUUGAUCCAUACGUGGAGAUCCCAAAACAAUGGAUCGAAGCUCAAAGGCAACGAGUCGACAGGAGAAGUCAUCUGCUUAAUGCAAUUCCUCGGUCACCGAGCUCCAAUUCCAGGUGUUUGCCCUCACCGUGCAGUAAGAGUGCUGCACAACAUGCACGUGGGAUCCCACCAGCUACAGCAGCCAGUGUAACCCACGAAGACCUGCUCUACUCAGUUAUGACUGGCACACACAUGAGAGUGAUUGGCAGGUCGACAGGUGGUGUUGCCAUGGAAACAGAGCAGCACAGUAACCUGGGACUUUUCUGUGAAACAGCAGGAACAUAUGGCAGAAUUGUACAACGGAACAUCUUUGGUCAUUCGUCCGACUCCCAACUUCACGACAUCCUCUAUCCGGACUGUGCUGGUAAAGUGUCGAGCAAAGAAAACCAAAGCACAGCAGAAAGGAAUCUUGAAAGUGUUACAGCUGAGGUUGGCAUAGGUACACCGACCGGAAUCUCCUCAUGUCCCAGUUCGAAACUCAUGAUGUUAUCUGGUAGUAGAGCUGAACAUGGGAGACCAGAAUUGCUAAUGCAAGAACCAAGCUCUUCUGAAGCAUCACCUGAGAGUCCUUGCCCGUGCGGACGCUCGUUUGAAGACGACACCUAUGAAAGUGAGGGGAAAGGGCUGAACCAGUCCUGUGGUGACAAUCCUGGUUUGCUGCUCUCGGAGCCCACUUGUGACGAGGCACACGGUGCUGAGGACGGCGGUGGGGAUGCCAGCGUGUUGGCUGCUGACAAGGAAAGUAGCCUACCUACCACUGCAAAUGAGUCCUUCCCUGUGGGAUUGAAGAUGGCUGAGCCUCUGGCAUCAUCCAGGCUGGCAUUCUUCUUGCCAGACAGCACCUUUGGCGACUGGACCCUUGAUGGUGGACUAUGCCGUCUCCCACUGGAGAUUGCCAUGAAGCGCUCCCUGCUUCCCCCAUUGACAGCGCAGAUGGAGCUGCUGAAUCGGGUGUGCGUGUCCUACCUUGUGAUUGAGCUGCGGCUUUACGACCACCUGGAGGCACUCACCAACUACUUCUGCUUUCAAGAUGGCGAGUUUGGACAAGCACUGUGCGAUGCCAUAUGCCACAAGCUCAAGUCACCCAUGCGCUCACCAGCAGAAUUUCUCAACCCAAGGACGCUCAACUGGAUUCUCUCUCAAGCCUUGAGCUCAUCUCUGCGUGGAGAGAGCGCAGAGGCAGCAAACCUGCGCCUUGACGCAUGCAGCAUUCCUCUUGUCAUCCCUCCAGGUCAGAACAUCCUGAACUGCCUUUCAAUGAGCUACAAGGUGGAGUGGCCGCUCAGCAUGGUGAUCAACCGGGCUUGCCUGCUGCGCUACAACAAGAUAUUCCGCUUCCUCCUCAGCUUGAGGCGAGCCCUGUGGGCGCUUUCAGAUAUCUGGAGCCGUCUAAAGCCAUCUGCACUCCCCAGGAAGCCAGACUCAUCACUGGAAUUCAGGCAACUUCAGCUGAUGAGGCACGAGAUGCUACAUUUUGUGCACAUGGUCCAGUCGUACGUGGGCAGUCAAGUCAUGCAGGCAUCGCUUGCAGAGCUACGUGCCGUGCUCAACAAAGAGGCACAGUCUGUUGAUGACCUCCGCAAUGCCCACUUUGCCUUCCUCAAGCGGCUCAGCCAGCGAUUGCUUCUAGGACGUAGGGCUGUACCUGUCCGCAAGUUACUGCACGAAGCACUCAACACGGUGCUGUUUUUCCAAGCAGAGCUUGCAGAGUACUCAUGGCGCAUUCAGGAUGGUGUCCAGCUGAGCCACCCAUCUUUUGCCAAGUUUGUAGCUGCCCACACCAAGUUUCAGAAAACUGUGGCCACACUGCAGACAGCUUGGCUCUCGGACGCCAUGGGAGCCCCCAGCAUCAAGAAGACUUCGCCUGUCGCAGUACCCAAUGAACUGUCUCAAGCUCUCCGAGGUGCUCGACUUCAGUGCAUUCCACUGGUCUGAGCAAGCCGCUCACUCGCUGAGCAUCGUGGGGAACGAGCUCUCGCCUGAUCGCUUUUGAAGAAGUGUCAAACUGCAUCCAGAACUUUUCUAUGCCAUACAAUUUGGGAGAGGCUGUAUUUGAAAUGAUUAUGAAGCUGUUUAUUCUCGUCUAUUGUCUCAUUGCACUUAAUUUUGCCUCAGCAUUAAAAAAAAUU